AUGCAAUUGAAGACCACGCAGCGCCUCGAGCUGCCGCCGACAGCGGACAUGCAUGUCCAUCUGCGACAGGCUGAGCUCAUGGAGCUCGUGGUUCCCACUAUCCGGCAGGGAGGCGUGGAUACCGUCUUUGUCAUGCCAAACCUUGUUCCUCCCAUCACAACUGUCGAGAGGGCAUUGGAAUACAAGGCUCAACUGCAAGAGAUCGAUCCCAAUGUUCACUAUCUCAUGUCCCUAUUUCUCCAUCCGUCUGUCACCCCUGAUGUGAUUGCCAAGGCUGCCGCCGCGGGCAUCACUGGUGUCAAGAUGUAUCCCCAGGGUGUCACUACCAACUCUGAAAAUGGCGUUGCCAAUGUUGAGGCUUUCUACCCUACAUUUGCGGCCAUGGAAGAGAGCGACAUGGUGCUGAACCUUCAUGGCGAGGUGUUGGAGUCCCUUGCCCCUGAAGGCACUACUCUUGAGGAAGCAUUCCUGCCAACUCUCAAGAAGCUCCACGAUCGAUUCCCCCGUCUUCGGAUUGUUCUUGAACAUUGCACCACUGCUGCAGCCGUCGAGGCGGUCAAGGCGUGCGGUCCUACUGUUGGUGCAACGAUUACGGCGCAUCACCUUUAUCUGACCGGUGCGGAUGCUUGCUGCGACCCGUUUGCCUUCUGCAAACCUAUUCCGAAAAGGCCCACCGACAGAGGUGCUCUUCUAAAGGCUCUGGUCAGUGGAAGUCCGAAGUUCUUUUUUGGAAGCGACAGCGCGCCUCACCAGGUGACCUCCAAGACUUCCGCCGCGCGCGGCAAAGCUCCCGCCGGAGUUUUCACUCAACCAGUCGUGUCACAGCUCGUGCUGAUGGCCUUGGAGGAGGGCAUAGACCGGGGCGAUAUUAGCGAAACGGAUGUCACGCAAGCGAAGUUGGAAGGGUUCCUUAGCCAUCAUGGACGACGUUUCUACAAACUUCCCGAGACCUACGGCAAGAAGAUUGUGUUGGGGAGAAAGGGGGAAAGAAUUGGUGCCAGUGUGAAGAGUGUAGAUGGGAAAACUGAAGUCGGAAUAUCUCGAGCGGGCACGGAAAUUUUUUCACUGACUUGGGAGUCAGCCUGA